GGGUUACGUGUGGGUGACGUGGCGGCUUCUAGUCUUUGGUCGGGUUUCGGCGGCUUCGGUUCCCGGGGAGAAGGCGGUGACGACCCGGGAGAUUGUGGCAGUGGCGGUGGCGGCGGCGGCGCCAGGCGGCAGAGAGGAGUCCAAGGUUAUGCGUCUCAAUGAUCCCGCGGAAACGCUACGGAUCUAAGAACACGGAUCAGGGUGUCUACCUGGGUCUCUCAAAGACACAGGUCCUGUCCCCUGCAACUGCUGGCAGUAGCAGCAGCGACAUCGCCCCUCUGCCCCCCCCAGUGGCCCUGGUCCCUCCCCCUCCCGACACCAUGUCCUGCCGGGAUCGGACCCAGGAGUUCCUGUCUGCCUGCAAGUCCCUGCAGAGCCGUCAGAAUGGAAUCCAGACAAACAAGCCAGCUCUGCGUGCUGUCCGGCAGCGUAGUGAAUUCACCCUCAUGGCCAAGCGCAUUGGGAAAGACCUCAGCAACACAUUUGCCAAGCUGGAGAAGCUGACAAUCUUGGCAAAGCGCAAGUCCCUCUUUGAUGAUAAAGCGGUGGAAAUUGAGGAGCUAACUUAUAUUAUCAAACAGGACAUCAAUAGCCUCAACAAACAAAUCGCCCAGCUUCAAGAUUUCGUGAGAGCCAAGGGCAGCCAGAGCGGCCGGCACCUGCAAACCCAUUCCAACACCAUCGUGGUCUCCCUGCAGUCAAAACUGGCCUCCAUGUCCAAUGACUUCAAAUCAGUUUUAGAAGUGAGGACAGAGAACCUGAAGCAGCAGAGGAGCCGGCGGGAGCAGUUCUCCCGGGCACCCGUGUCAGCCCUGCCCCUUGCCCCCAACCACCUAGGGGGCGGUGCUGUGGUUUUGGGGGCGGAGUCUCGAGCCUCUGGGGACGUGGCCAUUAACAUGAUGGACUCUAGGACCAGCCAGCAGCUGCAGCUCAUUGAUGAGCAGGAUUCCUACAUCCAGAGCCGGGCAGACACCAUGCAGAAUAUUGAGUCCACAAUUGUUGAGCUGGGCUCCAUCUUCCAGCAGUUGGCACACAUGGUUAAGGAACAGGAAGAAACCAUUCAGAGGAUCGACGAGAACGUGCUGGGAGCCCAGCUGGAUGUUGAGGCCGCCCACUCAGAGAUCCUCAAGUACUUCCAGUCGGUCACCUCCAACCGGUGGCUUAUGGUCAAAAUCUUCCUCAUCCUCAUUGUCUUCUUCAUCAUCUUUGUGGUCUUCCUUGCCUGAACCCUCUCCACUCUGAGGCACUCCAUGGGGGUUUGGAACCCUCCUGGGAGGGCAGGUGGCCAGAGCUGCCACUGAGCCUGUGCAGGGUGCUUGGGAGAAAGGCCCUGUUUCCUUCGAACUGCUAAGAAUGGCCACUGCCCCCAAUCCCCUACUCCUUGCCUCUGGCCACCCUGUCCUCCCCUCACCACCCUCCAGCCCAUGAAACACACACGGUUCUGGAUUUGGACUCUGCUGUGAAGUGGCUGGAAGGGAGCAGAGGCCAACUGGGGGGCUCAACACGCAGGUUGUCUCCACUAGGAGAUUUUUAUAAACCCUCCCCAGCCUGUCGCAAAAGAAACUUUGGCAGCAAGGGGAGGUGAUGUCCUUCCCCACCUUCCUGAGAGUGAGGAGAGGAAGUGAAACUGGUCCAGGGACCAACUUUCCCAUCUGGGUUAGAAUUUGACCUCUUCUUCCUCUCUUCACCAUGUGAGGCAGGGGGCCCUGAGCCCCUCGGCUGCCUGCAUAACCCCAACUUUGGCUGCAGGUGACUCUCAAUCUGCCAAAUGUGCUGCAGCCUGUUUUCUCCCAAUUACAACAAGACUGUCAGCCUCACUAGCCAUGUCGUCAUUUU